CACCACCAUGGUCCUCUACCUCAUCGGCCUCGGCCUCGCCGACGAGAAGGACAUCUCGCUGCGCGGCCUCGAGGCGGUGCGCUCGUCGGUGCGUGUGUACCUCGAGGCAUACACGAGCAUCCUGCUCGCGCCCACCGAGGCGCUCGAGGCGCUCUACGGCGUGCCCGUCACGCUGGCGCACCGCGAGACCGUCGAGCUCGAGGCCGACGCCAUCCUGCGCGAUGCACGCACGCACAACGUCAGCUUCUGCGUCGUCGGCGACCCGCUCAGCGCCACGACGCACACGGACCUCGUGCUGCGCGCGCGCGCCGCCGGCGUGCCCGUGCGCAUCAUCCACAACGCCAGCAUCAUGACGGCGCUCGCCAGCAGCGGCCUGCAGGCCUACAACUUCGGCCAGACGGUCAGCGUGCCCUUCUGGAGCGAGCACUGGCGCCCCGACAGCUGGCUGCCGCGCAUUGCCGAGAAUGUGCAGCACGGCAUGCACACGCUCGUGCUCGGCGACAUCAAGGUGCGCGAGCAGAGCGAGGCGGACAUGGCCCGCGGCGUGCUGCGCUACCAGAAGCCGCGAUACAUGCUCGUGCCGCAGCUCGUCGAGCAGCUGCUCGCCGCAUCGGCGUCGCACUUUGCCUCGGGCAGCACGACGCUGCCGGGCCCCGCAUGCGUGCUGGACGCCGACCGCACGCUCGCCGUCGCGCUCUGCCGCAUGGGCACCGACGAGGAGGGCAUCUAUUCGGGCACGCUCGGCGAGCUGCUGGCGCUGGCGCAGGCAACGCCAGAGGAGGCCGCCCGCGACGAGGCCGAGGACGACGCCGACGAGAUGGCCAGCGAGACGGAGCUCGAGGCGCGGCGAGCGGCACGCGCAGAGGAGCGCGCGAAGAAGGCCUUUGGCGGGCCGCUGCACUCGCUCGUGCUCGUUGGCGCGCGUAUCCACGGGCUGGAGGCCAAGUACGCGGGCAUGUUCCAGGUCAAGGGCUCGCGGUGGGAUGAGGUGGCGCGCGACGUGUAUGGCUGUCGGGAAUGAGAGGGACGAUGUCUUGAGGGAAUGUGCUGCACGCUUGAGCUCAGGCGAGGCUACAUCGUUAAUCAGGCAGCCAGACGGAACGACGGAUGCAGCAGCCGCCCGGUGGCCGUCCACAG